UUAUGCAAACUGUGAAAGACGACCGCUACGGCUGCACUCCCUGUUUUUAUUUCAUUUGAGUUUCUUUGUUUGUUUUCGUUGUUGCUGUCAUUCUUUUGUUGUUCAUCUGUCUCUACUUUAACGGUCAGCUAACUGUGGCUUUGGGUCAAAGGUUUUCAUUGUCGGGUUCUUAGCGCCUUGUGAAAGUCCCAAUUGUAACCUUUGCACUUUAACCGGAAAUAAGACAUGUUGCUCAACAAUUCUUUUUGUUUUCAUUUGUCAGCACCUCCUGUCUUUGAAAAUAACCGCGGAAAUGUCCCCAUACAUUUCUUUGGCCAUCCCUUUUCAAUCUGUAGCAGUGAAACUCGACAUUGUAUACAUGGAUCUACAAAGGAUGCCCGCGGAGGUUGUACCUUGAAGAAAGACAACAAUAACGUACACGACUAUGCAAGCAAGAGCAGAAUACGUUUGCAGAAUUCGAGAAAAUUGGAUUGCUCAGCCGUUAUGCAGAUCCGUUGUAUUGAGGUGUAUAACGAUUACUUCGUUGACAAGGCAAGGUGCCUGUCGGAUAAUGGCUUUGUGAUGGCUAAGAGGGCCAUUCUAAAAGAAAUCAAUGACAAAUCGAAAAGAGACCCGGGAUUUAGUUUCCGUACUUCGACGCGGUUCUACGUGAAGAUCCCCUUGAGCUCCACCCAUGUCAACCACCCUGUCGGGGAGUCGUCCACGAUAGGACAAUACGUCGAUAAACGUGUAGUCGACAAAAUCUACGAGCUUGUAAAAGAAAACAUAACCAACCUUUCUGAGGUGCAAAGGUCCCUUGACAAGUAUGUGGCAGAAGAAUUAUUUUCUUACCAACCCGAGGAACGAAGACCGAAGAAGACAAACAGACGAUACUACCCUGGUCGCCGGGACUUGCGUAACCACAUUGCCAAGGCGAUUUCAGCAGUGAAGUAUUGCGAUGAUGACCAAGAAGCAUUGGCUAGAAAAAUUGAAGAAUGGCAAACCAAGUCUCCCAAAAGCAACUUCUUUUACAGAACCAGAGACGUCGUCAUUAACGACAUAGAUAAACCAAGAUCUAGAGCUGCUGGGGAGACCUUCCUCUUUGUUCAUCAAGAGCCAUGGCAACAACGAAUGCUUGAAAGAUAUGGUAGUGAACUGGCCUUGAUGGACGCCACAUACAAAACUACAAGGUACGCAAUUCCUCUCUUUUUCGUUUGUGUACAUACUAACGUGGGAUAUAAGGUCGUGGCUGAAUUUAUGUGUCAAUCAGAGGAUCAAGCCUCUAUAAGUGAAGCACUUGCUAUAAUUAAGGGAUGGAACCCAGCGUGGAAUCCGGCGUACUUCAUGGUGGAUUACUCCAAUGCAGAAAUCGCUGCUCUCGAAGAACAAUUUCCCAAAAGUGUGGUGUAUAUAUGUGAUUUCCACAGAUUGCAAGCAAUGCAACGCUGGUCGAAGUCAAAGAAGAAUGGCCUUUCGUCUGCUGAGCAGGAAAUAUUCUUAGAGCUCAUGAAGAGCAUCGCCUAUGCUCCUACGGUAGACAAAUUAGAGAAGCGAUUAAAUGCUUUGAAAGAAUCCCGACUUUACAAAGACAAACCUAAUGUUCAGAACUAUCUAAACAACACAUGGCUAUCAUGCAAAGCUCGUUGGGCGCAAGCUUUUCGAAAGCAGCAGGUGACAAACAUAGUUAACACCAAUAAUGGCACUGAGGCGCAAAACAAAUUGUUCAAGUACGAUUACCUUCCGAGAUCAAUUGACAAAUCAGUUUAUGGCAUUGCAACGAUGCUGGUAGAGUCUUUCGUUCCUGACUCGCACAGAAGCUAUUUGGAAAAGAACUUGAAGUUUAGCGAUGCCUAUGGAAGAUACAAUUCUAGGAUACCGUCGUAUCUACACAACCGACCACCACAGUUCGUUAAACACUGUUUGAAUAGUAGAUUUGCUGCUGGGGAAUUCACCGAAGCCAACGUCUCAUUCGUAAAUUUUCAGAAAGGCCAAUUCAACGUGAAAAGCGCAGCUAAUAUAAACAAGAAGGAGCUAGUUGACUUUUCGUAUCCAAGUUGUACUUGUGCCUCGUGGCUGAAAAGUAAUUACCCCUGCAAACAUUUCUUUGCAGCGUUUGCCUGCUACUCUGAGUGGGGAUUUGAAUCACUACCCCAUCAAUACAGGAGCAGUGUCUUCAUCUCUCUUGAUCUGGAUCACUUUAUUAUAAAUAAGCGCGACAAUAGCGCACAGAGGUCUGGCAUUCCCCACGGUACAGCGAAAGUAUCAUCAUCCUCUGACGACCAUGUAAGGCUAGCCAACACCUCUGGCGAUGAAUCAAUGAAGUGCAAACGAGCAGAAGCAGAUCCUGAGGAGAGGUCAGAUGUCCAGCUACCCAACAACAGUCCCAGUGGCACCACUCUGGUUCCUACAGUUGAAAAACUGAGGAAACGAUUUCUUGAUGAGAUCGAUACUGUCAAGAAUACUGCGUACAUAGUAGAUGACGAGAGCACAAUGUCAGCAGCUCUGAAGCAAUUGGAAAAUAUUCAGCUGAUGCUGCAGAAGAGCUGCUCGUCAACAAAUGGUAUUCCUCUCAGAAUAAGCCCGGUCAAGAAGAAAUUAAAGAUCACGUCAACUAUAUACCAUCAAGUAUUUCACAAGCAUUUGCCCCCCAGACGGCGCUGGAAAAAGAAGACUCCGAAGGCUGAUGUGAUUCUCGUUGGAGACAGCAAAGACGAUGUUGAUGAUGGUGACGCUAAGAGAAAGUUUGCUCGGUGUUUGUGUGAGGGGUUAGAUGUCAAUGGAAGUUACAACGUGCAAAUGGAAAGAGAGAGAAUAACGUCUGUCAUAUUUGGCUCCUGUUACGAUGACCUUGAUGAGAGAAACACCGCAGUCUGUAAGAUUUGUAAAGACGACGAUGGAGAGGAUUGGCUUGGGUGUGAUAGCUGUGGCCAGUUUUUCCACGCAAGUUGUCUGAAUGUGCCUUUCGCAGAGACGCUUACACAACAUUUCACCUGCCGUUAGGGUGGCUUCUUUUCGGAUCAAGUGGACUUUAAUGUCAUGUCUAGACCUUAAUCUACCAGGAUUGCGAAUACAGUUCUUGGUAAUCGAUUAAAAUAUAUAUUCAGGAACGUCACGGAUCCAAAAUCGUAACGUGAUGGAGCCAACAAUAUGAAGAACAUCUCAGAGUUCAAGAUGUUUUAUUUUUGUUCGAUUCGACGUUUAGUUUUCAUCCUGAGUGCUUCUGUUAAAGUGAAUAGAAAGAAAAAGUUUGAACGGAAAACAUAAUUAUUUAUCAUAUGGUUGUUUUGAGAAAAGGUCUCCUAAAUCGAGCGACCUUUAUCGAAACAUUUGAGGGAUGGUAAACACAUUAGCCUUAAUUUGGCUGUUUCUUGAAGCUCUGAGUUUUCCUCCUUGGAUAUUUUAACAUGGAAUAGAGGCGAUUGUUUAUAUAUAAUAUGAAGUAAGAGAACUUCAGCUACUUGAAUUUUUGUUAUGAAAGUUUUCCAUCUUAGCCUGUAGAUACAAACUUAUAAAAAGACUAAAAAACUAUUCAGAUCGAGAACUAAAUUUUUGUAGAGUUCCCUAGCUUUUCUUUUCCCGGAAAAAUAGUAGAGAUUGCAAAAAUCAAGUGAAAAGCGCGCCAGCUGUGAUUAACGCCUUGGACAACCGGAAGUCGGUCACGAUACUUUCUUUACGUCGCGUAGCAAGUUACCAAACAAAAAUAUAAUUUUUUGAUACCUCUCCCGAUACCUUCGUUGCUUAUUAGAGCAGUGAAAAAUAUAUUUAUAGUCGAAGCUUUUGAAAAAUUGC